AUGUCGAUCCGUUUGGGGUCAAGCCUCGUCGCUGCUUCAGUCAAUUUCAAAAACUCGAAGAUUCUCUACAGUAAUCGACCUCGGAGCUGCAGGUUCUCCGUCCGGAGUUGCGUGUCUGAUUCUCACAAUGCGCAUAAGCUAGUUUUGGAAGUGAAAGAACGGCUUGCAAAAGAUUGUACUAGUCUCCCAAUUGGCAAAAACGGUAGAGAUGAUGAGGAAAUGAUCCUCUGGUUUCUGAAAGACCGGAGAUUCUCAGUUGAUGAAGCAAUUGGAAAGCUGACUAAAGCUAUCAAAUGGCGUCACGAGUUCAAGGUAAAUGAACUAUCUGAAGACUCUGUCAAACCUGCUGCUGACACAGGAAAAGCAUAUGUCCAUGGCUUUCUAGAUGUCAAAGGACGACCAGUUGUUAUCGUAGCUCCCGCAAAGCACAUCCCCGGGCUGCUUGAUCCAGUAGAAGAUGAAAAGCUUUGUGUGUUCUUGCUUGAAAAGGCUUUAAGUAAGCUACCAGCAGGACAAGACAAGAUACUUGGGAUAUUUGAUCUCCGUGGAUUCGGAUCUAAGAACGCUGAUCUUAAGUUCUUGACUUUCCUGUUUGACGUAUUUUACUAUUACUAUCCAAGCCGAUUGGAUGAAGUCCUUUUCGUAGACGCUCCAUUCAUUUUCCAACCAAUUUGGCAGUUCACCAAACCGGUUGUGAAGUCAUACGCUUCUCUGGUCAAGUUUUGCUCAGCAGAGACUGUGAGAAAGGAGUACUUCACGGAAGAAACUUUACCAUUACAUUUCAGGAGCUAA